AUGGAGCAGGCGGCGAACUUGUUGCAGAGGGCGGCGAACAGCAACGCCGUUAUAAACACUCUUCUGGCGGGCAUCUUCGCUGUGUUGAGUGUACGAUCGGUGGAGCAGCAGCGUCAAAUCGAGGCAUUGGAGGCGGAGAAGGACUCGCUCGUCAAAGCAAACAAGGGUUUGAAGAAAACAGUUUGGGAUUGGAAGCAGCAGCUGUUUUAUGAGGCCGAGGCGAAUCCGCAAAAUGCUGUCGUUCCUCUCUCCACCCUCAAGGUCAUCUAUGGCGAAGCCACACCCGCCGCCCCUGUCAUUGCUGGUGGAGCUGGUAAGGGAGACGGGAAGUCACCUGCAUCAAAGAUUAUGAUCUGA